CUAUCGCUAUCGCUAUUGAAGUAAAUCCCAUUAAUGGGCGGUAACCCCUACUGUUCAAACUCAGGUCAUGGUGAUGGCGCACUCUCCACUCUCAACAUUGCACGUUCUGCAGACGCCCUUAGUCAGAAUAUCGUCGUGGCUGCACCACCAGCCUCCAGGACAAGAUUGAAUGCUUUAUUCCGUACGCGAUAGCAAUAUCACGACGGCUCGGUCACAAUGGCUCAGCAACGCGACGACGUGAUGGCUGCUGCCGUCGUCGGCAACAGUAACGAGGAAGGGCAGCGUAAACAGAGCUUCCUCGUUCGCCUACCAUCUAGAACGACGCCCACUGCCAAUGCCGACGGCGGCACAGCGGCAUACCCCGUCACACCUAUGCAGACUGGUGCACCGACGCCUUUCGGUAGCACCGCGGGAACGCCUCUUUAUGAAACUGAACAGGUGCCCUCGCAGAAUCAGACGCAGAAUUCUAAUAAUGCGAGGCCCGAAGGUCCAGGGCGCCAGCAGACCACGUCUGUCGAGUCUCUAGUCAGCCGGUGGGACCGGCAGAAGGCUGUAGCCAGGCUCGGCGUGCACGAUAGCUCUGUCGAGGCGGUGAUGCCGGCAUUACCAGGCCAGGAGUUCCACCUGGCGAGCUGGCUCAUGAGUGGCCGGACGUUGGCUGAACCAACCUGGGCCUUCGCCACCAAGAAACCCGUCGACGAACAUAGGUUGCGUGCCGCAUGGGCUGCACUCCGGCGCCGUCAUGCCAGCAUGCGUUCGACUUUGGUCGCCGUACGGCCUGACGAGGCAGUCACGGUAGUGCUUCGGCAGGCGAGCGGCGCCAGCAACUACGCGACCUUUUCCAAGGUUUCGUUUUCCCCCUCGCAGACUUUGGAGGAACGUGUAAAAGCGCAGCUCGAGAAGCUUGCCCGUCAACCGUCUUCCCUCGAAACACCUCCCGUCAGACUCACCCUCGUAUGCGGUAAUGCGAGCGAGGGUGAUGCUGUUCUCAUUACCAUUCAUCAUGCGGCCUGUGACACGCGCAGUAUGGGCCUUCUGGUGCAAGAGCUAAUGACUCUGUACCAGGGCAAACCCGUCUUGACCAAGGCCCCGUCCUUCCGGAACUUCGUCAAGGAGACGCUCUCCACCCACGACCGCGAGGCCGAAGAGCACUUUUGGAAGGAAACUUUGCGCGACUGCCAAGAGACCAUCGUGCAGCCAGAGACGACUGACAUUGACGACACGCACAUUAUGAAGACCGAGAUCCUAGUUAGGGGCACCAAGGCCAGCAUCGCCGCUGUUGACAAGGCAGCUGCAUCGGUCCGUGUUUCGCCCGACGCUAUCAUCUACCUUGCCUUCACCCGCAUCCUGGCUGAGAGGACGGGCUCUAAGCAUCCCGUAUUCGGCUGCUUUCACAGCGGCCGCGGGUCCAUCGACUCGAUCGAAAAUAUUGAGAGCCUGGUCGGGCCCUGCUCCACCAUGCUGCCAACCACCGUCCCAAGCGGCGUCGAUGUCUCUUCCGAGUAUUGCCAGGACAAAAGCAGCAAGUCCAAUCUCAUCCACGCCCUCGAGUCAGUCCAGGAGCUUCUCGAUGCCGAGCUUCCCUACGAGCAGUCGCGCCUUCGGGAUGUGCUACGCUGGGCCGGGCUCGGCCAGAACGAGAGCGAGAGCGUACCCUUCAAUACCUACCUGAACAUUCUCUGGGAUCACAAGCUGCAGGGCUCACCGCCUUCGCACGCUGACCAGCCGGGGGACUGGGAGCGUAUGGACCUCGGCGUGCGCACCGACUAUAGCGCGGCCGCGGCCAUCCCAGGACGCACCACCGUGGACAAUCUCGACACUAGUGCUGUCAUGCGCCAUCACAACGUCCUCGUCGAUGUCGGCUGUGACCAGGACGCUGGAGUACUAGAGAUACGGCUCAGGGCGGAUGAGGUGCUUAUGGGCGUUGAUAAGCUGACGGUUUUAGCCCAGGCGAUUGACGAUGAGGUAGCUGGCUUAGUGGACUGCCUGUCAUGUUGAGUCAAUGUUCAUGAUUGAGAUGGUUUGCUCCACCGCCGCCAUCUUCGGUUGAACAUCAUGUCCGUAAAUAUAUGUAUUCGUCGGGACUCUCCGAUAUUAGUCAACGGUAAACAAAAGGUGUGAUUGAUGCUUACAUGCCUUCAGAUUUUCGCUUGGGCUCAUGGUUGGGGGCACAUCAACAGAGCUGAUUGUUCAGUGGUUCGUUUUCGUAAAUUCUGUCAUGUACUGGUUCAUGAAAUCAGAUGAGAUACACGAAGAGUGCGCCAAGGGAAGUAUCUUCAUAUCAAUAUUAACAUAUAUAAUAGGCAAGUCAGACGGACAUAUGAGUUGGACACUGCGUCGCUACCACAUAGCAAAUAUCGUGAUGAUUCAACCAUGACACAGAAAGUCAAUCAAGGCUACUGUGAAUCGUCUUCCUGAGAGGUAUCUAUAACGACUUCCCAAAUGC